AUGGCAAACAUCUGGACAACCCGUACAGUUCUUCUAACCGGCCUUGUCAUAUCCCUCCUCGGCGCCUUCUACAUCUACCAGUCUCCCACCCCACUCAACUUCAGCAUGCCGCAUCCAAGUUCCACUGUCAACAGCAUACCCGGGUUGGAGUUUACACUAAGCCAAAUAUCCCGAUCUCCGCCUACGCUGCUCGUUACGCUCAAAAACAUCAGUCCAGAUACUCCGUACACGAUCUUGAAAUGGAAUACACCACUUGACGCCUCCGCACUCAACACUGGCGUUUUCACGGUUACCGAUUCGGUUAGUGGUGAGGAGGUGGAGCAGACUGUUUUGCAGGUUAAUCGCAAGAUGCCGCCGCCGCAGGGGUCACUUGUUACGAUUGCGCCUGGGACGGAAGAAGAGGUCGAGGUUGUAUUUGACAAGCCGUGGAUGCCUGAGCGUAAGCCGGCGAAGUACAAAGUCCAAGCGAAGGGAAUAUGGAAGGGUGUUUGGGGGAAGUAUGGUGAUGAAGUGACGAAGGAAGAGUUGUAUGCUUACGCCGAUAGCCCGUUCAGUGGAUGGAGGUUUGCGACGGGUGAUGUGGUCAUGGAAGUAGAGUAA